GGUGUACGUACGGGUUGAGAGUCAAAUAGGCUGACAUUCGAGAACAACUCAACGAGUGUCCUGGACGUGGUUAGAGCGAUGCGAGGGCAAGGCUGAACCUUAGCCUGUAAAUCCGUGAAACUCAACUCAUUUAGUCGAGAAAUAAAGGCUAUUGUUCUUCUACCAGCGUUUGAAGGACGCAGCCGAGAAAUCAUGUCGGUGCUGGCGCUGCAAGAGUACGAAUUCGAGAGGCAAUUCAAUGAAGAAGAAGCCAUUCGAUGGAUGCAAGAGAAUUGGAAGAAGUCCUUCCUCUUCUCUGCACUCUACGCUGCCUGCAUACUGGGUGGGCGGCAUGUAAUGAAACAAAGGGAGAAGUUUGAGUUGAGGAAACCUUUGGUACUGUGGUCUUUGACACUUGCAGUCUUCAGUAUAUUUGGUGCUGUCAGAACUGGAGGCUACAUGAUGUACAUCUUGAUGACCAAAGGCCUAAAGCAGUCAGUGUGUGAUCAGAGCUUCUACAACGGACCAGUCAGCAAGUUCUGGGCCUAUGCUUUUGUUCUCAGCAAAGCACCCGAACUAGGAGACACACUAUUCAUUGUGUUGCGCAAGCAGAAGCUGAUUUUCCUGCACUGGUAUCAUCACAUCACAGUGUUGCUCUAUUCCUGGUACUCCUACAAAGACAUGGUGGCUGGUGGAGGCUGGUUCAUGACUAUGAACUAUCUGGUGCAUGCCGUCAUGUAUUCAUACUACGCUUUUAGGGCUGCUGGCUUCAAAAUCUCCCGCAAGUUUGCAAUGUUCAUCACUCUGACGCAAAUCACUCAGAUGGUGAUGGGUUGCGUGGUAAACUACCUAGUGUAUUCAUGGAUGCAGCAAGGGCAAGAGUGCCCAUCACAUGUGCAGAACAUAGUGUGGUCAUCCCUCAUGUACCUCAGCUACUUUGUGCUCUUCUGUCAGUUCUUCUUCGAAGCCUACGUCAACAAGACCAAAUCCAUUGCAGCCAAGAAAAGCCAAUAAAUCAAGCAAAAGAUAAAAUUUUAAUAAUGGGUGAAAAUAAUGUAAAAGUGGACCAAUGAAUGGAUAGUGGAAGGGUAAAUGAAGGAUCUGAUAGGGCUUAUGUACUUGUGGGGGACAGAAACAAAGACCAUGAUGGGCUACUAUCAAAGGUUGUGCAUACUGUACUACUAACACAUAGAGAUAAACCUCCCCAACACUAGGGGAGCUCUAUUGAGCUGCACUGAGAAAUCAUUACGAUUAUGAAAUCAGUUGAAGAAAAAUGUGUCAAUGUUAUGUUUAUGUGCCCAAUAUGAUUCUCUGUAUUUAAAAAAAAAAAAUGUAUAGAUAAGAAAGGGAUUAAAAUAAAGCGAAAUAGAUGCUAGGAGAAGAGGACAAAAUCGACUCAAUGACAUUCUGAAAAAAAGAAAAUGAGAAUGGAUUAUAAAUUAAGAGGAAAUUAUAUGAAUAUAAUUUAUAUGUGUGUGGUUAUGUCUAAAAAAAAUGUCUAAACAUGUUACAGUUCCGUUUUAAUUUUUUACUGAUUAGAUACAAGAGAGUGUGUAUGGUAGUUUUGUACGAAAGCCAUGGAUGACCUGUCAAUGUUGAGCUAAAAUUGCCACAGUGUUCUAUGUUUAGCAUCGCAGCACCAAAAUUCUCUCAGGUUUUAGAGUUUUCCAUUUGAUGUGCAUAUCAUUUUAGAAGAAAAAAAGAAAACAAAAAGGCAAAAUAGUCAAGGUAUUUAAAUAGGCCUGAAAUGUUAAUGCCAUUGAGACAUAUACACAACAACCACAAAAGUGUAUAAAAAUAUAAAAAACAAAGGAGGAAAAGAGGCCAUUAAGGGGACAUUGGGCCAAAUGAUCAUCGGAACACCCCGAGGCCCAUGUGGAGUAUGAACCAUGAGAACAAUCUGAUCUCUGAAAGGCCUGGCCUAUUUCCCAUGGCUGAAAGUCAUCAUCACCUUCAUCAUAUAUUCCAAAGACCAAUGCCAUAGAAUCUAGCCAAACUAGUCCCGUCUGAAAGACCAUGAAGUCAAGCAUAUUUACACAAAUUUCAACACGUGACAUCUGUAUUCACUGUAACAAAUCAGAAUAGUGUCCAUUGUGCUCUUGUGCAUUUGCACUGUGUACAUGUAAAGCAUAUAUAGACAAUUUUAACAAAGAGCCAAGAGUGCUAAAAUAAUGUGUCUGAUUUUUAUUUUUACAUAUUCUAAUAUCUGUCUCACAAUCAGCACGUUUACAUGUGCAGUUAUAAUCUACAGCAGGUUUUUGCAAAGUUGAGCUACAGCCUUCAACUGUCUGUCCAACUACACACACAAUGCGUAAUCGAAUAUUUGAAGGAAAGACGUCAGCUGAGAAAGUGUUACAUACACGUCACUGUCACCUCUGUUUUUCUGAGCAUGCUCUCAAUGGCAAAGCCAAUUGUGGUCUGAUUAAAGUGUAUACAUGCUUGACAAUGGCAAACUAAAAAUGCAUUAUUUUGGUUUGUUAGUCCAACUUUGCAAAAAUUAGGCUGGUCUGACUAAAACGUUCAAAAAAUGAUGUCAUUUAAAAUGACACAAAAAAAAAAGAUUGUUUUUAGUCCGACUGAAAUCUAACUUUUAAAAUGCAUGCAAAUGUACUGAGUAUGAGGUUGUUUUUAGUCAUGUAUCCUUAUUAACUCUGACAGGAGCAUGUGAUACUCUUUCUGGCACAUAUUUUGCUCAUGACUAUUUUGAACGAUUCUGUCACUCUUGCUGUGAACAGGGUCAGCAACAUGCCAGAUGGGAGUACUAUUGCCUCAGCAACAAUGACAUAAGACAGAAGUUUAGAUUGUCCUUUUUUCUAAUGCCAUACUAAAGCAGCAUGCUGUUUGUGCCUGAUGACCUGGUGUGACAGAAAGGCUGCUAACAGGCAUUUCAAACCUUUUGGAAAUUAUUGAAAUUAACAAUCUACUAUACUGUUACUGCAUACUUAUACUGCUUAGAGCAGAGUUCACAGACUUAACUUAUCGAGAAGAGAUUGACAUUUUCCUAGUGGAAAUUCAACCAAUAUACAUUAUAUAAUCCAAUUGGCUGAAAGAAUUUGGAUCCACAGAAGAUACACAAUGUAAUGCUGCCUGUUAUCACUGGACAAAUGUGUAUCAGUGUUUUUUGCCAUUAGAUAAUUUGAAGUAAAUUUGUUUGAUGAUGGUGAGUUUUUCACUAGUAAGUCUGCUGGUUAUUUUGACCUCUAAAAAUGUCUCUGAACACAGACACACCUUUUGAAAUUGAAUUAGCCACUCAAGAUGAUACUUUACAAGGUCUCCACACAGAGCUCUAGGUUAGCUUCACAUUACCACUGGAGACUAUAACUAUUAUCUUGAGAUGUUUUUUUUCACAGUUAUUCACAACUCAACUGGAGUUUAUAUAAUUAUUCAUGUUGUAGUAAUGUCCAUGAGCUCUCAGUGACACUACAACAAGGGUUACAUUUCUAGACUUUAUUCAGAGCAGCACCAUAUUUUAUUUAUUUUUGACAGGAAUGAAAACAAGUUUGUCAGGGGUAUACUUUUAUUCUCUUCAAUGGAUUGUGCUGUUUACAUAUUUUUUUCAGCUUUCAAAACGUUGAAAAAAAAAAACUUUCAAAAAAUGUAAGUAGACAAUAAAAUGAUAUGUGAUCUAGUACAUUUAUACAGUGCAUGCCAUUGUACUAUUAAAUCUAUUCCUCACAGCCUCAUUUCCCUUUCCAUCAAA